ACCAAAACGCAGCGUUUUGACAGCAAUUGAGUGGAUACCGAAUCACACAAUAAUACAGAAAGACAUUAAAAAAAGCAAUAAAGGAAUCCAUCGCGCGACGAACAAGUCGUGGUGAGAUUUUAGGAAGACGAAGAUGGAGAGUAUCUGGCGAAUCGCGACGGGCCAAGAUCCUAACCGUGAAGAUUACGAAGGGAUCGAGUUCUGGUCAAACCCUGAGCGUUCUGGUUGGCUCACAAAGCAAGGCGAUUACAUCAAAACCUGGCGUCGUCGUUGGUUCGUUCUCAAAAGAGGGAAGCUUCUCUGGUUCAAAGAUCAAGCCGCUGCUGGAACUCGUGGAUCUACGCCGCGUGGUGUGAUCUCCGUUGGUGAUUGUCUCACCGUGAAAGGAGCUGAGGAUGUUGUGAAUAAGCCUUUUGCUUUUGAGCUAUCUAGUGGUAGCUAUACCAUGUUCUUCAUUGCUGAUAACGAGAAGGAGAAAGAAGAGUGGAUUAAUUCGAUUGGAAGGUCGAUUGUGCAACACUCGAGGUCUGUGACGGAUUCUGAGGUUCUCGAUUAUGAUCACAGGCGGUGAUUAUUAUUACUAUCUAAAUGUGUGAUUUUGUUGUUGUCUCUCACUCUUUUGGCCUUAGGGUUUUUUCGUGGAAUGUAAUACUCUCUUUUCUUUAAAACUAUGAUGUUAUUGUACCUUGAUCGUGAUGUAUCUAAUGCCUCAAGUUUCGAAUCGAUUCUCUCUUUGUCAUGA